AUGUCCCGGAACAAGAAACUAGGAGCCCCGGAAGACAUCUUCGACGUCCCCGGCAACAAGGCCGGAGUUUCGAAGGAUGCGGAGAAUGUGCUGAUUGCGGUGCUGCAGGGCCCACGUGGGCAUCAUGGCUGUGGGAUGCACCGGGGCCUGGGGACACAUAUCUCCAAGGUGAAGUCGACCCGUAUGGACAAGUGGGACAAUGAUCAGUUUCUGGUUCCUGUGCGAAACAUCGGCAACCUCGUGUCCAAUGGCUUUUACGAGUACAGCGUCCCCCCUGGGUCGAAGUAUGUCGCGGGUGUCAAAAGUGCUGCCGGUGACAAGAUCGACAACGUCGAGGCCAAGAAGUUGGAACGCUGGAUCCGUGCCAAAUACGAGGCCAAAAAAUAUGCUCAACCUGGGGUUGACCCUCCACAUGUGCGCUUGGCGCGAGGCGAAUCGCUGCGUGACCCAAAGAAGGCGACAGAGGAGAAGCCCCUGGAGGAGAAAAGUCCUUCUAAGAAGGACAAAGAGAAUAAAGAGAAGCACAGAAAGGGCGAAACAAGUCCUUCCAAAAAGGAAGGUAAAGAAAAGAAGGUGAAGGAUGACAAAGAGAAGGAGAAGGAAACAAAGUCUGAGGUCAAGGAGAAGAAAAGCAAAAAGGACAAAAAAGAGAAGCGUUCUCAAGAACUGGCUUCCUCCUUUGCGGAGCUGGAGACCUGGGCGCAGGGGAAAAAAAGUCGCAAGAAGACCCAAGACAUGACUCAGGCCAGUUGGGAUGCAGGCGGUGAAGCGUGGUCCGAUGCGUCUCCAACUUCCUGGGAUGGCUCUCCCGGAUAUGGAACGGCCAAUGGCUUUGGACAACAGGACUAUCAGCAAGGUAUGUCAGCUGCUGGUGCGACGGAGCAGUUCCAGCCGCCCAGCGGCUAUGGCAUGCCGGAUCCAAGCAUGGCGCCCACCGGGCCACAGUUCGAUCACGGUGGCUAUGGCACCAACCUCUCUUAUGGUGGACCCAGCGGACCCAUGGUUUCUGGCCAGAUGGACUCCACCAGUGGUUUCGGCCCGCAUCUUGGCUGCAUUUUUUUGGCUCGGCCAAGUUGGAUUUGGGAGGAUUGGAAUCGAAUCGGAACGAUACCACGAUGA